UCCACGGCAACCAUGGAACGCGUCAACAAACCUGGAAAACGGAGACAUGGGAGAUGUAAAAACAGGAAACGUCGCCACGGAUCUCCCCCAGACGGGUCCAUGUCUCCAGCUGUUGCUGCUGGGAGCCCAGAGGAGCUGGAUGUCAGUGUGAACAGACAGGAUCUGCCAGCGAUCCACACGGCCUGCCUCCACGGCCAGCUGGCUGGUGUUCAGGGGCUCAUGGCUACUGUUCAGAAGCUCCUGGUGAAGUCCAUGCAGGACUGUUUGAUCAACAGCAGCGACCUCCAGGGUCGCCGUCCCAUUCACAUGGUCCUGUCCUCCCGGAGCGCCCCCAACACCUCCUCCUGCCUCGUAUACCUGCUGGAGAACGGGGCCGAAGUCAACGCUACCACAGAUUCAGGGACGACCCCGCUGCACCUGGCCGCCUCUGAGGGCCUCAUGGACUGUGUAGAGAUCCUCACGCAGGCCGGAGCAGAUGUGUUGGCCCAGGACAGCACGGGUUUCACUCCUCUGGAUUUAGCUCACAUCUGGUGCCACAGGAAGGUGGCAAGGCAUCUGAAAAACUGCAUGUGGCACAGGAAUAAGAAGAAAGAAAUGCAGGAGAGGAAGCUAGCUCAGACUUUAUACAGUGAUCUUGUGGAUCUGGUCAAACUGAAUGAUCCCAAUGAAAAGGUUAGUUUGUAUGUUGUGGAAAUCCAAUCAUCUAAAAUUUGGAAGUUUGGAAAUUUAGGAAGUCAGACGGCGGUUCAGUUGAGGCAGCAGCCAGGAGAUCCUCUGAAGGAUGAGAGCACCUCCGCUGAGCAACCUCCAGCCUCGUCCUCCAGACCCUGGACCGUCUUAUCGGGCCUCCAGCCUGAGGACAUCCUCAAAGAUCCGGACCUCCGGGACAGCGUCACGGUGUGGAGGUACAGCAGCGGCGGGCCGCCUUGGUACGCCACCAAGUGGGACAGCACACGUCAACCCGCCCCUGACUUGUCUCUGGAUGUCCUGGAGAGGGUGUUGUUCCCCAAAGAGUUCCCUUCCAGGAUUGCCUGGUUUGAGCCACGAGACAUCGAUGAGGUCCAGCACAAAGGGCACCCCCAGGGGCGGAGCACCUCCCCCUGGACGGAGGUGGCCAUGCACCUGGCUGAGGUGCUGGAGCCCGGACACUACUGAUAAGAAAAAUGUAUUAAAACUCAUCUGGCAUUGAAA